UUUUUCUAGCCGCUAAAUCAUCCACGGCCAGUGAUGAGUUAGGAGACACGCGAGCUAAGAGAUGGAGGAAUUUUAUAGCGUUUUGGCUAAUUGGCCUGUGUAAUAAUUACGGGUACGUUGUAAUGUUAAGCGCGGCUCAUGAUAUUUUGAAAGAAAAAUUUUCUUCACCUGAUUCGGUGGAAACUUCGAAUGAUAUCACAAUUGAAAAUCCGCGGGGUUGUAACCAAGUAUCAACAGGUGCUAUUUUACUGGCUGAUAUAUUGCCGUGUGUUAUAGUAAAACUUACAGUGCCUUUUUUGCCGUUUCAUGUCAACAAGGUCGUUUUCGUUUACCAUUGCAGUGUACGAGUAGCGAUAUGCGUAAUAUCGCAAGUUCUGGGUUUUCUGGCUGUUGCAUUCGGCACGACACCUUGGAUCACUAUCUUAGGGGUGGUAUUGACUUCGUUCUCUUCAGGCUUGGGAGAGAUUACCAUUCUCAGUCAUAGUCACAAAUACGGGAGAUCAAGUAUAGCUGCAUGGUCAUCAGGAACAGGAGGAGCAGGAGUAGCUGGCGCGUCAUCUUACGUAGGGUUCCGACUAAUAAUGUCUACAGAGACUACCCUUUUGGUAAUGUUAGUGGUCCCUAUUGCAGAAGCUAUCGCUUUCUGGGUCAUUAUGACUCCACCGAACGAAAAAACGGUCCUUAAAUACGGCCUUAGCAGUCAAGAUGAGAUUAUCAAGGCGCCAAAAAAAACAAUUAGAGAAAAAAUCGCGCUGGUGCCUGGAUUGAUGCCUUAUCUUAUUCCACUGUUUCUUGUUUAUCUAUUUGAGUAUUACAUCAACCAGGGAUUGCAUGAACUCAUUCAAUUCGAUGGUAUUUGGUUGAACCACGCCGAACAAUACAGAUGGUACCAAGCGGAUUAUCAAAUUGGAGUUUUUAUUUCACGAUCAUCUGCGACUUUCUUCACUUUUAAAAAAAUUUGGCUGAUGGCUCUUUUACAACUCAUUAAUAUUGUGAUAUUUACAACGGAAGCGAUAUAUUUUUACAUUCCAAAUAUUUGGAUUGUUCUGGUGAUUACUUUAUGGGAAGGCCUUCUCGGUGGUGCAGCGUAUGUCAAUACCUUCUAUAAUAUGGGAGAGACGAUCCCCGACAGAGAUUUAAAAGAUUCAUUGGGAAUUGUAUCGAUGGCUGAUUCUCUUGGAAUAGCCCUCGCUGGUACCCUUGCCCUGCCUGUUCAUACUGCUAUUUGUAAGCUCCCACGACCAACGUAA